AAAGCGUAAAAGUAAAUGGAUAAUAUUAUCGUAAAUUUAUUUACUUCAAUUCCUAAAAAUACAUUUUACAAUUUUCAACAAAGAUUGAUAUAUAUAUAUAUAUAUAUGUAUAUAGUAGUAUAGUAAUGAAGUACAUUGUAGAGGAUAUUGUGAAAAUUUGUUGAAAAACAUUGCUGACGAAAUCGGGCACUGAUCUUAAUUGGACGCAGAAGAGCAGAGAUCACUACACAAGGAUUCAGUAAGAAUGGCUGCCGUUUUGAGAAGAUUCAGAGCCGCGCAGAUUACAGCGAUCGGCAAUUUUAAAUUACCGUCGUUUUCUAACAGCCGAUCUUUUGCAAGUUCAUCGAUUCUACAUAAUGACAGUAAAGGACAAUGGCGACAAAAAUCCGAUCCAACCAAAGAACCUCACUCACGGAUGCUGUCGGAUAAAGGAGUUAUUUAUGCCUUGCACACGCACAACAUGCGACCUGAUUCCAUUGACAAUUACUUGACCAAUUAUGAACAGAUUGUUAACAUUCUAAACUCAAAACAGUCUGAAUUAAAAUUGGAAUUAGUUGGUUCAUGGACUGUCACAGCUGGUGAUAUCGAUCAGGCUUUACAUCUGUGGCGUUAUAAUGGUGGUUAUGAUAGCGUUGAUCGUGCACAAAUUGAGUUAUCUAAGGAUACAACAUAUCAACAGUUAUUUAAAGAAGGUGGCAAAUAUGUACGAUCACGUUAUUUGCAAUAUUUAUUAGCAUUUAGCUAUUGGCCUAUUCCGACAAAACGAGAUGAUUCAAACAUAUAUGAAAUACGCAGUUAUAGACUCAAUGCUGGUGGAAUGAUAGAAUGGGGUAAUAAUUGGGCAAAGGCCAUUAAUUUUAGACGCCAUAACAAUGAACCUUUUGGUGGCUUCUUCUCACAAAUCGGUCGAUUGUAUAAUGUCCACCAUAUUUGGUGCUAUAAAAGUCUUCAAGCACGAAUGGAAACUCGAGAAAGUGCAUGGAGGUCUCCAGGAUGGGAUAGAUGUGUUGCGCAUACAGUACCAAUAAUAAGAGAAACACAUUCCCGUAUUUUAAGUCCCACUAAUUUUUCACCAACGAAAUAAACAUUUUUUUAUCAAGUUAAAUACAUUUGUAUAUUUCAACUUUAUUCUUUAUCUUUAUAUUAUAACAUUCUAAAGGCAUUUGUUAUAUAUACACUACAUUUAUUACCAUGUAAAGUAUGUGCUCAAUAUAAGGGAUUGUAAUACUUUAUUGUAUUACAAAUGCUAAAAUAUAUUUUAAUAAAAUUUUAUUUUCUUUGUUACUACGGUGCUUCAUGAUACAUCAUCAUUGUCAACUUCAGCGCAACGUCUGUAUAUAAAUGAGAAUAAUCAGUUAUAUAUAUAUAUGGACUUCUGUAUUAUCCUUUAUUAAUAUAUACUACUCAUAAUUUCAUUUUUAAUAUGAUAUAGACUAACACUAUAAUUUGAUAAAGACUUAUAAUAAUAAGUAUUUUAAGAAACAUUUUGGUACAGUACAAAUUUUUAUUGACAUAAAU